AUGUCGAACCAGGAGGGCGUGGAGUUGUCCCGCCUGGGCGUCAAAUCGACCCAGUUCAGCGUCAGUGAGCGUCGCAUGCACAGCCGUUCAGGCUCCGACGGAGGCUACAAUGGCGGGGUGUCGACAUCCAUGUCCAGUGGGAAGCGAUUGGAUAGAGGAUUCGGGUCGCUUUCGAUUCUUUGUCUAUCCAUUACAUUGCUCUCCUCAUGGGAGUCCGUUGCAAUUUCAUUCGAAGCAGGCCUCGUUAACGGUGGGCCAGCCGGCCUGGUCUGGGGAAUGGUGCUGUCGUUAAUUGGUACAUCGUUGAUUAUGCUCUCGUUGGCCGAGAUGAGCUCCAUGACGCCGUUGGCUGGCGCACAGUAUCACUGGACGGCCGUGCUCGCACCGCCGCGAAUCCAAGCAUUCAGCACCUGGAUGCAGGGAUGGAUCACCGUCUUCGGAUGGCAGGCAACGACCACGAGUAUUUGCUACCUAGUAGCAGCCCAGAUCCAGAGCAUGGUUCUCUUGAACAAUCCAAGCUAUGUUCCGAGACAGUGGCACGGCACGCUGAUCAUGUGGGCGAUCAUUGGGCUGUCGGCCCUCGUCAAUAUCUACGGCAUCAAGAUCAUGCCGGCUCUGCAAAUGCUAGGUGGGAUCAUGCACAUCACCUUUUUCAUUGUUCUGGUUAUCCCGAUCAUUCUCCUCGCUCGGCGCAGCACCCCGCAGUUUGUGUUUACGGAGCUGCUUACAGCAGAGGAGGGCUGGCAGUCCCAUGGCAUUGCCUGGUGUCUGGGCAUGCUGACGGUCACCUAUGCCUUUCUGGGAUUCGACGGCGCCAUUCAUAUGAGUGAGGAAGUGCGGAAUCCAGCUGUUGUCAUUCCGCGAGUCCUGGUGCAAACUCUCGCGAUCAAUGGCCUGCUGGCGUUUGUUUUUCUCCUCGUCAUCCUCUUCUGCAUUGGCAGCGUGGAUGAGGCCUUGAACCCGUUGUAUAUGUUCCCCAUCAUUGGUAUCUUCAAAGAGGCUACUCAAUCGGCUGGCGCAGCUACGGCCAUGCAGGCGACCAUCACGAUGAUUGGCAUAGUCUCCAAUGUCGGUGUGGUGGCAUCCGUCUCGCGACUCACCUGGGCUUUUGCUCGUGAUGGCGGCCUCCCAUUCUCCGCAUAUUUUUCUCAUGUUGGUCAUUCCCCGUCUCAACCACUGUCUACUCCAAGCCCUCUCUUUCUAACACCGAACCAGGUCGAUCGCCAGCAUCGCGUCCCCAAACGGGCCAUCAUGCUUGUUUGUGCAGCUGUUGUCGUUCUCUCAGUAAUCAAUGUCGCCUCAGUCACAGCCCUCAGCGCCAUUCUCGCUCUUUCAACCAGCAGUCUUUACGUCUCCUAUUUAAUCCCGAUCGUCAUGAUGAUCAUACGCCGCUUCGAUUCCAGUCGGGGGUCAAUCCCAUUUGGGCCCUGGACGCUCGGUCGCUACGGCAUGGCUAUCAACACUAUUUCGCUCAUUUUCGGCAUAUUCGUUUGUAUUUUCGUGCCAUUCCCGACGCAGAUUCCCGUCACAGCUGCAAAUAUGAACUGGUCGGGACCCGUCUUUCUUGGGCUUUGUCUACUGCUCGUUAUAGAUUGGACUUUCCGGGCCAGAAAGAAGUAUAUUGGGCCGUCGAAGGAUCUCUUGCAGUCCAAGUACAAGGCUCCGCUUGAUUAG